UAAUCAGUAAAAAUUAUAAAAAUAAUUUACAAGUGAACAAAUAAAAAGUAAAAAAAGGAACAAAUUAAUAAUUUAGUGCAAUUUUUUUUCUAACUGAAUAGAUAUUUAUCUCACCUUAGAAGUGAGGUUGGAAAAAAAAACAACAAUAAUUAAAUUUUGCUGAUAGUUGCUAUAAUAUACAAUAUGAAUUAAUUAAUUAUCAUCUUUGAGUGCUAUUAAAAAGGUUUAUAUUAUUAAAUCAAAAUGAUGCCUGGACGAGUUGCUAUUUCUGAUCCAUUGGGAUUAUCCUGGCAUGACAGUGCAUGGAUUCCCAUGUUGAAUCCUAGUAACAUAAUGGAUUAUUUUUCUGAAAGAAGUAAUCCAUUUUAUGAUAGAACCUGUAAUAAUGAAAUCGUUAAAAUGCAACGUUUAAGCUUGGAACAAUUGCAAAAUAUGACGGGCGUGGAAUACAUCCUUUUGCAUGUCCAAGAACCCAUUUUAUAUGUGAUAAGAAAACAACAUCGUUAUUCUCCUACUCAAGUAACUCCUCAGGCUGAUUAUUAUAUCAUUGCUGGAGUAGUUUAUCAAGCACCAGACUUGGCAUCAGUCGUAAAUUCUCGGUUACUAUCGACGAUUCAUCACUUGCAAUCGGCAUUUGAAGAAGCGAGUUCGUGUUCAAGGUAUCAUCCUAGUAAAGGAUAUUCGUGGGACUUUAAAAAUGGAAAAUCAUUAUCGACAAAGAAAGAAGCACCAUCGAGGGAAGAGCCGAGCUCAUUAUUUCAACGUCAAAGAGUGGAUAUGUUACUAGCUGAAAUCACUCGUAAAUUUCCUCUACCCGUUCCAAAACCUGCUCAGCCACCUGCUGAACCUGCAGUUGAAAUUAAGCAGGAGAUAAAAACGGAGAAAAAAGACAUGAAGCCACCGCCAGAGAGGAAGCCUAGAGUUAAUUAGAAAUGAAUUUUUAUUAUAUUUAUUAUAUUUAUAAGAUAUAAAAUUAAAAGCUCAAGUAUUUAAUUAUAAAACAAAUGAAUAAAAGAUAAAAAUGUGAAAAUCGA